AUGUGUGAAAUAGUGAAGAGAAUGCCGUUUUUUGCUGGAUUUGGCAAAGAUAUUGCUACAAAAUCAUAUAAGGUGAUUUUGAUAUAUUCAAGAUUUGGAAAUGUUGAUGAUUGUUUCAAGGCCAAGGUCCUAUCCCUUGAUAAUGGUGAGCAAAGAGGCACAAGUUUAUAUUGUUUAAAUAACCGUACAUUCUGCGAAGAGCAAACAUCAGUCUACGCAAACAGAUCCCUCUUUUGGUUGACAUUAUGUGACUAUCAACGAACACUUGCAAAGCUACUAGCUAUCGAUCUUCACAUCGAAGAAUUUCGAUGGAUAUUAUUACCAGAGUGUUACGUCAGCUAUGAUUCUAGUAUAGAAAUGUGGAAUCUGAAUGACCGUUUGUGCGUAUCGGAUGUGCUAAAAUGUUCAAAUUUGGUCGUUUGGAGUUUACAACAAGAAUAUCCUACCGUGAAAUGGGAGAAAAUAUAUUCUAUUGAUAUUGGGUUUAUAAGAACCAACCAGUUACAUGAAAAGUUUUGGAUGCUUGGUCUAGCGGCUGCUUAUUUUCCAAGUAUUAUAAAUCAUCGAGAUCAAGUUUCUUUUUUCAGACAAAGAACGAUUUCAUAUUCGCCAACAAUGAUUUCUCCUUCAAGUUUGAUGUUAUGAUCACUACAGAAAAAAAAAAAGAAAAAAAAAAAGAAAAGAAAAGAGAGUAAAUUAUAUCACUUAAAUAGUAUCACAAAACAAGUGAU